AUGCCGGGGCGACCGCGCGGCCUCGCCGCGCUCCUCGCCUCCCUCCUCGCGCUUCUCGCGCGGCCCGCGCUCGCGGCCGUGCCGUCGCGGCCGCUGAACAUCUCGACCCUGCGCGAGCCCCUCCCCGCGGCGCGGGUCCUCGCGCUCGGGCAGACGGACCGUCGCGUGCGAUGGACGAGCGUCCGCGAGAAUAAGAGCGACGACGACGACGACGACGACGACGACCGCGGGUGCACGUCGCUGGACGGGCCGGUGUGCCCGCUCCCGCGCGACGACGCGGCGGACGACGGCGAAGAAGAGGGCGAAGAGGCGACCGCGCGCGCGUUCUCGGACGCGCGCGAGCUGCUCCGCGCGAUCGAGAAGCACAUCGAGGCGAUGCUCGGCCUGCGCGCGACGAGCGACGACGAGGCUACGACGAGCGACGACGAGGCGACGACGACGACGACGACGACGACGACGGAGAACGCGAACGCGAACGGCGCGGCGGAGACGCCGGAGCCGAAGCCCGCGGCGGCGCCGCCGCCGGUCGCGAAGGAGGCGCGCGCCGCGACGACCGUCGACGAGGAGAGGGGCGCGUUCUCGCGCGAGGCCCCGCCGGCCGCGCUGUCCGACGACGACGAUUUUGAGCUCGCGAAGCGCGUCGUCGUCGGUCGAGCCGCGAGAGACGUCAAGUGCGACGUCUGCCGCGAGCUCGUUCGCGUCGUCCACCGCGCCGCGGCGACCGCGCCGGCGGACGCGCUCGACGAGGACGUCGUCACGAGUCGUCUCGCGCGCGAGUGCGAGGUGGACGCACUCGACGCGGACGUCGCCGCGGACGCCGCGGACGCGGCGGCGACGCCGACGCCGAGCCUCUUGCGAACGCACGCGAUCAUCACCCGCGCGCCGCCCGAGGAAACAACCGUCGGCGACGCCGCGGAGGCGUCUGAGACGUUCGUGCUCGCGCGUCGAGCCCCCGGGACGUCGCUGCGAGAGAUCGAACUCAGGGUGUUCCGCCGAGCGUGCGCGGACGUCGUGCGGGACGGCGACAUCGCCAUCGCGGAGAAGACGGUAUCCGCCGCGAGACGACGGCGGGGGGAGGGGGACGGCGACGGCGACGGAAACGAGGACGUCGUCGGCGACCUGCAGCGCGCGCUGUGCGACGACGACGCGCGGAUGUGCGCCGCCGAGACGUCCUCCGCGGCGAUGGACGAUACGAAGAAGAAGAAGAAAAAGAAGAGGAGGAAGAAGAGGACGGAGACGUGCUACUAUCACGCCGCCGGGUGGUGGAAUUACGAGAUUUGCCGCGGGGGCGCGAUCACGCAGUAUCACGCGGACGCCGGCGGCGUCACGAGGGUCGCCUUGGGGACGUACGACGCCGCGACGACGUCGAGACGGAAGACACGCGACGCCGCGGACGCGAACGCGGUCGGCGUCGAGAUUUUCACGCGCGGCGCGACGUGCGAGGGCGCCCGCGCGAACGACGACGACGAGCCCGCGGCGGCGGCGAUCCGACGCGGCGGGGAGGCGAGAUUUUAUUGCGCGAGAGACGGCGCGACGAGCGUGGAAGUGAACGAGCCGGAGACGUGCGUGUACGACAUACGCGUGCGCUCGCCGCGACUGUGCGACGAGGACUACGCGUAG